CCAUCUUCAACUACUACGUCCACUACCUCCACUACCUCAAAAGUAUUCAUACAACGGCCUCAAGAACGAAAAGCGUACAAGAUGCGCGCCCUAUCCCUCCUUUUGGCACUUAGCGCUUUCGUCCAAGCCGAAGACACCAGCGCGUCCGACGUGCUCUCCCUCACCUCCGAAUCCUUCUCCACAAUCAGAACCGAGCCUCUCGUCCUCGUCGAGUUCUUCGCUCCCUGGUGCGGGCACUGUAAAGCCCUUGCGCCGCACUACGAAGAAGCUGCGACGCAGCUCAAGGAGAAGGGGAUCAAGCUCGCCAAAGUGGACUGUGUCGCUCAGGGGGACCUGUGCCAGGAAUACGGCGUGGCAGGGUAUCCCACCCUCAAGGUUUUCCGCAAUGGGACGCCGGCGGAGUAUGCGGGGAAUAGGAAGACAGAGGGAAUCGUCAGUUAUAUGAUUAAGCAGUCUUUGCCUGCUGUUACGGAUGUGACACUGGCGAUGCAUGACGAGUUUACGCAUGAGGACCGGGUCGUCCUCAUCGCUUAUGUCGAGAGCGCAACUGCUCCCCCCGCACCGGUGUUCUCCGCUGUCGCCGAGGCGCACAGGGACGACUACCUGUUCGGGAUGUCUACCAACCCGGCUGUCGCCAGUUCCGCAGGAGUUACCCCGCCCGCGAUUGUCCUAUACAAAAAGUUCGACGAAGGCCGGGACGACCUGCCUUCCUCUGGGAUCGAGAGCCUGGAGCAGGAAGCGCUGGAGCAGUGGAUCGAGGAUAAGAGCGUGGCGCUGUUUGACGAGAUCAGCGGGGAGAACUAUGGGAAGUACGCUCAGGCAGAACUGCCUAUCGCCUACGUCUUCCUCGACCCGGCGGACGAAGCCGUCAAGGCCCGUAUCACCGAGUCCGUCACACCCCUAGCGAAGGAGUUUCAUGGCCGGGUAAACUUUGUCUGGAUCGACGGGAACAAGUUUGCGGAUCAUGCGAAGAACUUGAACGUAAAAGAACCCCACUGGCCGGCGUUUGUCAUCCAGGACCUGAAGGAGAACUCAAAGUUCCCUCUGGACCCUGCGCUGCCCGUGGAUGGGACGACGAUGCGCGAGCUUACAGCCGGGUUCCUGGACGGGAGUGUCAAGCCUACGCUCAAGAGCCAGCCGAUCCCCGAGAGUCAGGAGGAGGACGUGUACGUGCUCGUCACGGAUGAGUUUGACAAAAUCGUCAACGAUGAAGAGCGGGACGUGUUUGUCGAGUUCUACGCUCCAUGGUGCGGGCAUUGUAAGCGGCUUGCCCCGACCUGGGAAGCUUUGGGCCAGAAAUUCGCCUCGCACAAGGACAAGAUCCUUAUUGCCAAAAUGGAUGCUACGGAAAACGACGUCCCUCCUUCAGCUGGGUUCCAAGUCCAAAGUUUCCCGACGAUCAAGUUCAAGCCUGCGGGAGGGGCGUUUGUGGAUUAUGAGGGAGAUAGGAGUUUGGAGAGCUUGGAGGAGUUUGUGGAGCAGAGGAUGAGGAAUAGGUUUACUGCUGCUUCGGAGGGCUUGCUGGCGAAGGGAGCGGCUCAGACGGUGUUGGCUCAGGAAGCGGCUCAGACGCCGUUGGCCCAGGAGGGACAUGACGAGCUGUGAGCUGUGAGCUCGAGUGUGGGGGAUGUAGAACGGACUGCGGAGUAUUUGUGGUUGUGGUUGUGCAUGGUGUUGACACCGCGUUUUCUAUAUUUUUGAUACAGC